CCGUGGUGUCAUUACGCACGCGGAGCUGUCCAGGAGCGCACGAGAAACGGAUUUUUUACAUUUACAGUUUUUAAAGUCAGUUAUACAUUUAUUUAUUUCUACGUCCUUGCAGGAAAAGAAAACCCUGAGAUGAUUUUUUGUUCACCGUGAUUGAUGUGCGCAGCUGCUGGACUCACCCUGAACAGACGAUCAGACGACCCCCGAGUGCCACACGGGUCCAGAUGUGAUUCUCGUUUAGUUCUUGCGCCGCCCCAGGAUCACCUGAGUCCCCAUGAGAAGUCGACAUGACCUCUGACCCUCGCAGCAUGGACCUCCGUCUACAGGCAAACCCUCAGCUCCACUACGGGGUCAACGGGGGCCCCGGCCGAAACGCCAGACCAGGGGAAGAUGACGCGCUGCAGUUUCUGAGCCGGGAGGAGCAGGAGUGCCUCAAAUUCUUCGAGAAGACCAUCGACUCCUUAGAGGACGGUCUGGAGGAUAACGAUGCAAGGAGGCAAAGGCAGUUGAAGCCCCCUUUGGUUGAUGAACCCCCAGUCCCAAGUCCAAUGGUGUCCACCUUCCUGGCCAGACCCCCCAGCCACAAAGACCACGAUAUAAUCGACCUAGUUCGUCCCGAUCCAGACUUGCUGCAGACCAGAGAGCCAAUCUUCAAUCCCACUAACCCAGAUUUCCAUAGCAUGGUGCAGGCCCCCGAGAGCCACUUCGAGAUAAAGCCAAGGCGUGAUCCAGUGGACAGCUUGCCAUCAGAGUACAACCCCCCCUUACCCAGCGGCAGCUAUGGGUCGACAGACAGCCACUCGUCCUACCACCCUCCAGGCUCUGUCCCCACCCCGGUUCUGAUUGCCCAGAAGAUUGCAGAGAACCAAGUGGGAGGAAACGCAAACAUAAGCCCGUCCUUGCUCCUCCGACGUUGCAGCUUAGAGUUGGAAAAACCACCAGGCAACAUCAUUGAUCCCGCUGUCAGACAGGGUCCUCCUACCUCUACAAAGCCUUCCCGCUUUCCUGCGAACAUCAGUCUGGUUCACGGGAGCAAGGAGCACCAGAGCCAGUCGCUACCUAAUGUCAGCAUCAAUGAGAGACGGGCACAGAUGCUGGCGAAUCUAACAGGAACCGCACACCCUCUGUUGCCGGAUGAUACCCAGCAUGCAUUAGAGCCGAAAGCUAGGAAUACCCCUUCGCGCAGCAUUUCCUUCAAGGACCCCGAACCGGACAAAUCCCGGUUGGAGGCCCUGUCUAAGCUGGGCCUGAAUAGAACCAGAGCCAUGUCUGGGGGUAUGUCGCUCCUUGUCAACCCUGACAGCGCCUCCCUACAUUCUCCCACAGAUGUAGUAGACGCAAAGGCCAAACCUGUGGAGGCCAGCGUACCCCAAACAAUGGAAUCCAGUCACAAAUUGCCAGAACCCUAUGUGUCAACAUCAUAUCACAGCCAGAUUCACGCUGACAGGAAACCAGAGAUUUUGCGGACAGAUUCUGUAGGGAGCAAUGAACGGUUCCCCUCGCCUCCACCAGCGAUAGAAAGCAACUACUAUCCACCUCCUUUGGAAAUCAAGGCGCCUAGUUCCCCGGAGAUCGCCAUAACUUCACCAGAGUUUAACAGAUAUGGUGGGAAGUCUAUCGUGAUCAAACCCUCUGUGUCCUCCAGGAGUGAACCCACCGCGAUCUCUCCAACCAGUCCUGAACCCAAAACCCUCCCGCCUGCACUGGCUCAUCCCUCCGAGUUCAACGACUACGGCGGGAAGACCAAAGUCAUGAAUCCCGUAGCCAUGACCAGGAGCGACCUUCCCGACAUCCUCAGCUCCCACAUCAACAAGAGUCAAAGCUUGCCAGCCAAAGUAGAGCCGACCGAGCUCAACAGUUACGGAGGGAAGAGUCGAGUCAUCAACCCGUCCACGGGGAUCAACCGCCCUUCGGUCAGCCCGGCAAGGAGUUUCAAAGCUCCCGCCCCGACCCCAGCCCCAAAACCUCCUCGGAACUCCUACCACGGCGCUGUUACCCCGCCGAAAGCAGCGCCAAGAGGGGUGUCGCCCGAAAAGCGGAGAUCCAGCUCCAUGUUUCGACCCCAAAGCAUCACUGUGAAGUUUUCUGGAAAGGGGGCAACGGAUGAAUCGCGGAGGGAUGCAUUGAGGAAACUGGGACUGCUGAAAGACUCAUGAGAAUCUCUGGGAAUUUAUUUUUCAGUCUCCACCUGUUGAGCCUGAAUGUGUACCUGCUGGUGGAGGAAGUAUACUAGAAGUUUCUUUAUUUAUGCCUGACUGUGUGGACUGUGUCAGAGAACUACUUUUACGUUUUCUCUUCCUGGACGUUAAAAAAAACAGACAAACAAGUCGGACACGGUGCAGUAUCGACACUGUUUUGGAGAAAAAAGUCAGCGACAGAUUACCUGCUUUGUGUUGCUUACAAUCCAAAACACUUUAUACCUCCGUAAAGAUGUAUUGAACGGAACUGACACUGUUAAGAGGAGCUUCAUCUUUGGUACUUUGGGAGCCAGGUUACAUGUGGUCUCACCUUGAUUGUUUAUAGCGAGACUUUUUAAACUGAACACUACUUUUUGUUAACAUCUCGAGGAAAAGGGUUGAAGUUUUUUUUUUAUUGUCAACAAAUCUAAUGAGAAGACAUUCACCUUACAAAACUUUUGGACAAUCAUGCGCUGUCUGCAGCACAGAGAGGAGCUGUAGUUUUGAUCAAACGUUACUCAAGUGUAUUUAUUGGGGACUAAUUUGAGCAGACACAUUUAUUAUUCUAAAUGUUGUUCCCUUCAUUGGGACCCUUUUAUGUUGUCAUUGAGUAAAAGUACACUACACUACAAUGGAACUAAGAUUAGCUUUGACUUUGGAUAUCAUUUGGAAAGAGUGCCAAAGUUAGAGAUUUCACCGAUUUUUAGAGGGAUUUUGGAUUCUGUUUUUAUGUCAAACUUUAGGUUGAAAAAAUGGGCAGCUGAACCACCAGGGCCUUAAAACAUGUAUAUAUUAUGCAGCAGUUAAUUUGUUUAUUUUAUUUAUUGCACAUUUGUCUGGUUCAAUGCCAAAGCACAAUAGAAAUUAAUUUGAAAACGCCCCAAGGAGGCUCCUUAAAUUUUAUUUAAUUUUGAGAUUUUAUCUUGCGGCCCUUUUUUUUUCUAAAUCUGUGCUUAAAAUACUCACAACGUAAUUUAAAAGUAGGAAUUUUACAGGGGCUCCUUGAAAUGUAUCAAAGGAAAUACAUGGCUACUGGAUCGACAUGGGGGGGGGGUUUGUGGGGGCCCAAAGCACAGUUUUACCCCAGGGCCCAUUCAACAGGCUGAUCCGGCCCUGGUGUAAAAGUUUAUUGGAAAUGUAUAUCUGCAAUUAAGAUACCUUUGAUUGCAUUUAAACAAAAUUUGGAGAAAAAUUAAGAUAAAGUCCAAUUAAGGGAUCAAUCGGGAGGGCAAAAUGGAUCAGAAGAAAACUCAGACAAGACGUGCAAAUAUAUUAUUUUUGUAUCAAGUUUAAAAUGUAUUUUUAUGUUUACUGUGUCACUUUUCUUCUAGCAGCUGUCAGAAGGUGAAAUUCAUGUUCAAACACAGGCUGUGAAGUCUUUCUACAUCCCGUCACAUCGGAAUCUUUUAUCGUUUCACCGGUUUGUUUACCAACUUUGGGCAUUUUACUCAGUGGUGUGUUUUUUUUUUUUUUUUUCUGUAAGCACUUUUGGAGCAAGAACAAAGGGAAAGUACUUUUCUCUCGAGCAGUUAUACCAAAACUUUAUUGUAAUGAGCAAAAGAUGUUUUUUUGUGGCAAAUGUUGUACAUACAGUGAGCAAAAGAAGUUCAAAGACUUCCAAGAGUCACCCUCGUUACAUCUAAUAUCACCAUGAGCUGUCCUGGAACAACUCUGCUGCAGAUGUUACGCUGAAAAGAGCCUGGGGUUUUCUUGAAAAACGAACAUCUGAGCCGGAGGAUAUUUUUACUCCACGGACAAACCUCCCACACCAAACCACAGACUGUGUGGAAUGGGGAUUGUGGGCAGGGACUCUUACUUAUUUUUUUUUUUUAUUCUGCAGACUUCAAACCUGCUCUUUAGGGAUGGGCGAGCACAUGGCAUUGUAGAAAACACAAGCACUAAAAACCACAGAGUCUACAAAAAUACAUCCUGGGGGUACUUUGUGAGUUUUUCUAUCCCUGUCGAUGACAUCGCUGUUUGUGUUAUUUAAAUGUUGUAGAAGCAUUAGUGUGUCCGUCUGUAUGUUUGUUAACCACGGUUUAUCCAGACUCCGGCCCUCUGUAGUUCACCUACAGUAACUUUUGAAGUAUGUUUUAUUUCCCGCAGGAAGAGAUCCUUCUCCUGUGUGAAUUUUUUUUGUUUACAGACUCCGGUUCUCUGUAGUUCAGCUACAGUCGUUUUGAAGUAUCUAAUGGUGCAUAAGUACAGAGUAUAACGUCGCUCUGUACAACACAGCUUUCUUUAGAGGACAUGUCUCUGCAAAGAGGAUCAAAAAAGUGCAUCCAUGUGUGGUGAAAGGGAAUAUUAGUGGCAAUGUGAAAAGUGCUGCUAUGGUACAACAGCCUGGUAUACUUUCUGACUUUUCAAAUGUCCUUGUAAUUGUAAUUGUCCAUUUUAAACUGUUAAUAAUCUCCUUAAAGUGUGUACUGUUACAUGUUUGUCAAUCAUUAAAGAGCAUAAUGUCA